GAACAUUACAUGCAUUUAUCUGAGUAUUGGUUUUGUUAAUAAUAUAUCUACUUUGGGAGGAGAGGAGAGCCAAUAAGACAUCAAUCUAGUAGCUCCCCUCAGCGACUUGGCCUGUUAGCAGUCUUAGUUUUUCAAUUACCUAAGUGCAAUAGUCUAAUCAUGACAGAUCAUAUCAUUGUGUCAAAUUUUAUUAACGGGGAGUUUGUCGAGCCGUUGAAUAAAAGUUACAUUGACAGCUUUAACCCUUCUACAGGACAUGUACAUGCAAAGAUUCCAGACAGUAAUGAGGAGGAUGUCAGUUUAGCAGUAGCAGCGGGUAAAACUGCUUUUCAAUCCUGGUCUGAUACAAGUAUUCAGUACAGAUCAAAAAUGAUGCUAAAAAUUGCUGACAUCCUUGAAUCAAAGUUAGAAGAAUUUGCUGAAAUGGAAUCAAGAGACCAGGGAAAACCAGUUUCCUUAGCACGAGCAGUUGAUAUUCCACGAGCAAUAUUAAAUUUCCGAUUUUUUGCGACUGCAAUACUUCAUAUGCAAACGGAUUCUGUUGUUCAAAAACUUCCUUGUGAAGCCGUGAACUAUGUUCUUAGGCAGCCUAUUGGUGUUGCAGGCUUAAUAAGUCCAUGGAACCUGCCUAUGUAUCUUCUGACAUGGAAAAUAGCACCAGCAAUUGCAUAUGGGAACACUUGUGUGUGCAAGCCAUCCGAAUUCACUAGCGUAACUGCAUGGAUGCUGUGUAAAGUGUUUGUUGAAGCAGGACUGCCACCUGGUGUUGUAAAUAUUGUCUUUGGAUAUGGCCCAACUGCUGGAGAGCCAAUCUUGGUUCACCCCGAUGUCCCUUUGAUAUCAUUCACUGGAAGCACAGCAGUUGGGCAGCAUAUCCAGGAAGUAACUGCGCCAUGGACGAAGAAAUUAUCGCUAGAACUUGGAGGGAAAAAUGCUGCCGUGAUAUUUGCUGAUGUUGACUUGGAGAAAUGUAUCGAGACGACUGUUAGAUCAAGUUUUGCAAAUCAGGGUGAAGUCUGUCUCUGCACUAGUAGAAUAUUUGUCCAACGUGAGAUCUAUGAAGACUUUCUGUCAAAGUUUCUGGAAAGAAUGAAAAAAAUAAUCAUUGGGCACCCUGACUCUCCUGAUACAGUCAUGGGUGCUUUAGUGAGCAGACAACACUGGGAAAAGGUAACCAGUUACAUAAACCUUGCGGAGAAUACAACAGGAGUCAAAGUUCACACUAUUGUUGAAAAGUCGCAGAUUAAAAUACCAGAUAAGUGUCAAAAUGGUUAUUUCUUGAUGCCAACCGUUAUCACAGAUGUCCAUGAUUCUUCACCUUUAAUGCAGGAAGAAAUAUUCGGACCUGUAACUUGCAUCUGUCCAUUCGAUACUGAGGAUGAGGUUAUCAAGAGAGCAAAUGAUGUGAAGUAUGGACUUGCUGCUUGCCUUUGGACACAAGAUGUCGGUAAAACACACCGGGUUGCCAAGCAACUAGAAGCUGGCACAGUAUGGGUAAAUUGUUGGUUGGUUCGAGACUUGAGGAUUCCAUUCGGAGGAAUCAAGAUGUCAGGAGUGGGACGAGAAGGACAGAAUGAUUCAUAUGAGUUUUUCACCGAAGCAAAGACUGUCUGCAUCAAAUAUUAAUAGAAAAUAGGUGGGGCAAACUUUCGUUAUAUAUGUAAAGCAAGCCAGACGCAACGGUCCAGCACUUACCAAGGAUGAUUCAGGAAUUAUAAUCAGUUCAUGGAAUGGUUUUUUUGGAAGGCUGUUUUGUGACCGCUGAUGAUUAACCUGCAUUUUACAUGGUUAGGAUAAUGCUCACUAUCAUUUUUCUGAUUAGCGUUCGUUAAUAUGGGUAUAGUGCCCAUAAAUGAUUUUUUGGGUCAAUUGGAUGGACUAUCUCCUGUCACAGAUUGAUUCGAGGCCUGGUUAUUUCAAACUAUGUAUACAAUCAUUCCCAUACCCAAUCAGAACUGGGUACUCAAUGAGUGUCGUUGGUAUUCAUAUGAUAAGCCAUCUCAUCACCAUUUUCUUCUCCAAAAUUAGUGUGCAAUUUUAUCCAGCGUGUCAAAUUUCAUUUCUUCAGCAUCAAAAUUGUAUUUCAAGUGAUUAAUAUGUCAAGUAUGUAUAUCCUAUUUUAGCGAUUAGGUUAACUGGUUAACUAUUUACUAUACCACCUCCGACUUGAAUUUUCGACUGAACCAUGGUCGUUGUUAUCCAUAUGAUUAAGUAAUCAUCUUUUCUCACGCAUGAAUUAGUAUGAAAUUUUAUCGAUUGUGCCAAAUCUCAUUUCUUCAUUAUUAAAGCCUUCAAACCAUUUACGAAUCCCGGGCAUCAUUGUGGACAUCAUCUGGACUCGUAUCUGCUCCCAGUUUUUAGGCUGUUUGACGCAUUUUAUUAUGACCCCGGAUGACAUACAUGUGAGGGUACACAGCUUAGAUACGAUAGAUAAUUUAAGCGAGAGGUUGCUGGGCUCCUCGCUAUUGUUAUAUCUAUUACGCCUUAUAUUAAGACCUCUGAAGACGUACCUUCGGCUGUGAACAUAUCAUGUGAAUAAUUUAUGUGGGCUCUCAAUAUUGUUAAAUCUAUGGCUGUUUUUCCGCUUCACAUUGUACAAGGCUCCAUCCAGACAGAGGGAAAGUUGGAAAAUAAGUAAUUUUACUAGGCCGACUCGCGAUCGCGAAAAUAUUUUGAAAACGUUCGGUGUAUAAUUCCAUGUGAAUCUGUAUUUAUGACAUAGUAAUUUAACUAUCAAUAAAUUCAAACAGUCGUCAGUCGUACAACAGAUGGAUGUUAUUUGCUUGCAUACAACAUUCAUAUAGCGCUAUGAUGCCCAAAUGCUAAAAUUUUAAAAAGAUUCUCAAUUUUUAAAGUGGAGUGUAUCGAUAAUGGGAUUUUAUGAGACCAACUAAAGAAUAAUCUCAAAAUUUUCCAGUCUGUGACGCGCUAAAAAUUAAUACAAAGUGGCGACACACUCAUAACGGAAUAAAGUUUCAAAACAAUUUAUUUUGAUUUAUUGCGUUGGAUUUGCUUAUUAUUGAGAGUAAAUAAGAUUAAAAGAAGAUUAUACCGUCUACAACUGCAUUUCUUUGUAAAUUACAAUAUUUCUUAUUUUUUUGCGAUGUUCAACUUACAUAAUACAGAAUAUAGGGCUACAUAUUGCCAGAUGCACAAAGAUGCAAAUGACCUUUUUUUUAAUGGCUUUCAAACCAGCAUUGAAUUAGAUUCGUAAUCAGAAAUCCAAAUAUCAUCCAUACUUUAGGGACUCAAUGCUUGAUUUGUAAAACUGUCUACCACCGAAUAUUGAAAUCGCUUCAUACAUUCGUAUCACCACUUGUCCCUACCGUUCCAGUCGUUUCAUCCUUGUAUCACAUUGUCCCAUUCGUAUCAGUUGUUUACUUAACAUCGUCAUAAAGUAGUUAGUCUAUUAAUACAAAAAUUAGAUUUAGUUUCAUUCAUCUUCAAUAUAAUUCUGUAUUGAUCUUUUUUGCCGAUGCCUCUGUCUCGGAGAUCGAAGACAGUUUCGCAUUGGUGUUUAUUCCUUAAUGCGUUACCGGCUUAAAUCACAUUAUGCUAUUCUUCUCCGAGUAUAUUCAGAUCCGGAAAUUUUUAAAGUAAUUAUUGAAGUCCUAAACAACUGCCAUUCUUCAUUUAAUUCAAAUUCCCCCAAGUUAUAUGCGCUUCUAAAUAAUGAAGUGGAAUCCCGCAUUUUCUAAAUGUUUCUUCAAUAAGAAUGCUGCACAUGUUAAACAAGACACUUUUCGUACUCGAAUUUUUCACUCAGCUAACAAGAGAUCAACCCACGGAGUGACGUUUUCCGCUG